AUGAAUGUUUCAACAUCCACGGUGGGAGCUCGUCGUAGGAGAGCAAAGCAGCAGGUAGACGAUGAGGAGAACGCUACAUUAUUAAGGCUAGGGCCAGAGUUUGCCUUGAAACAGUAUGAUCAUGAUGGUAAUGAACAUGACUUAAUAGCUCUUAGUUUAUCAGAAUCAAGGUUGUUAAUUAGGGAAGCUCUGAAAGCUAGAUCACGGGCACGUAAUGGCGGAGUUGAUAUUGAGUCCAGCAAUGGGGAAAUCGACGAUGACGAGCUUGCAAAAGUGACUUCAGGUGCUGUAGCCAACGGAGUAGUGAAGAAAACAUUAGACUAUCUGAACACGUUUGCAAGAUUCAAAGAUGAAGAGACUUGUACUGCCGUUGAUCAGCUAUUGCAUAAUUCUUCAGAUUGCUCUGUGUUACAUCCUUUUGAAAUUGCCCAAUUAAGUUCUCUGGGGUGUGAAGAUGUUGACGAAGCUAUAACAUUAAUUCCAAGUUUGGCUGCGAAAAAAGAGGUAAACUUACAAAGGAUUUUAGAUGAACUGAACAGGUUAGAAGAUCCCUAUAAAUAA